CUGAGAAGAAGAAGCACAAACCUGAGGUCCCCUCAUAUUUUCCUGAAUCGAGAUGAGUGACAAGCGCACGCUUUUUCCGUGUAAGUCGGGCUCAGUGUUCGAUGAGCUCUGCUUGGAGGGCAAACUGUGCGACGCGGUCAUCAAAGUUCAGGAUGUUGAGUUUCCAGUGCACAAGAUGGUCCUCUGUCACUGCAGCUCCUACUUCCGAUCUCUCUUUGAACGUUGGAUGACCACGGACAAGGUUUUUAACUUAUCUGGCCUGUCUCCUGACACCAUGCAGCUCAUUAUUGAGUUUGCAUACACAGGCUCUGUUAAUGUGACAGAGGACAAUGUUCAGGACUUACUGCUUGUUGCCGAUAUGCUCAAUGUAAUGGACCUCAUACAAGUCUGCACCGACUUCCUCAACGAGAUGCUCCGCCCAGAAAAGUGCAUUGGCAUCUGGCGGUUCGCCAAAGUCUGCCCAAACUCUGAGAUGCAGUGCAAGGCCUUCUGCUAUAUCACCGAUCACUUUGAGGAGGUUUUUCUUUGUGAAGAGUUCCUGGAGCUGUCUGUGCAGGAUCUCACCGAAUUCCUCGGCAGAGAUGAUCUCAACGUGAGGAAGGAGAGUAAUGUGUUCGAGGCCAUCCUUCGCUGGAUUGACCACAUACCUGGAGAGCGAGAGGAGCACAUUGCUGUGCUAUUGUCUAAGGUCCGACUGGCCCUGACAAGCGUGGCGUACAUUUGGAUCAAUGUGUUGACCAAUCAGGUGGUGUGUAACAACUCUGAGUCCAAGCAAAUGGCCAAAGAUGCCAUGAAGCACAUGAUUAGAAACAGAAAUAUGAAGCAAGGUUUCUGUAACCCUUAUGGCCGUCCUCGUGUGCCUAAUGCCAUCAUGCUUGCCAGCGGAGGCCUGAGUGACAGUAAUCCAAUUGGCGAUAUUGAGGCAUACGAUCCCCGCUCUGAUGUCUGGAUCAAGCUUUCCAACAAGCUGAAACAUCCUCUGGCCUAUCACGGCACUGCCUUCCUCGAUGGGUACUUCUACUGCAUCGGUGGCUCCGACACAGUGCAGGAUUUCAGCAGCGUCUACAGGUUGGACAUGCGCACGCACACCUGGCACGAGGUGGCGCCCAUGCACAAUCGCCGCACCUACGUGAGCGUAACAGUGCUGGACGGGUUCAUCUAUGCCUUGGGAGGCAGCGUCAGUUCUUUUGGACACAGCAGUGCAGAGCGCUACGACCCGGAAGCCAACCAGUGGACGCUCAUUGCAAGCAUGCAAGAGCAGAGGUGCGACGCCAGCUGCACAUCACUCCAUGGCAAGAUUUACAUUUGCGGUGGUUGCGACGGGUUCGACUGCCUGCAGUCGGCUGAAUGUUAUGACCCAGGGACCAACUUGUGGACGAUGAUCGCCCCCAUGAUCAACAGGCGCAGUGGAGGUGGAGUUGUUGCGUUUAAAGACCAGAUCUAUGCGGUCGGUGGUUUUAAUGGUGAAGAACAUCAGCGCUGGGCUGAGUCCUAUGACCCCUCGACCAACUCCUGGCAGGAUGUGUGCCCCUUGUUGCACACCCGCAGAGAGUUUGGCCUCGAGGUGAUCGAAGACCGGAUCUUGGCUGUCGGCGGCUUCGCCGACUACGACAACAAUGACGCCGAAGCCUAUUGCUCUGUAACAGGUUUGUGGACUCUCUGCUGUGGCAUGAAGAUCUCCCGCAGUGCCCUGAGCUGCUGUGUCGUGCAGGGAAUACCCAACAUGGCCGAUUACACGUUCUCCCGUGACUCUCUGCCGCUUUUCAAUUUCGACGACGGGGUGGCACUGGAUGAAAACCAAAUGACGUUUUCAGUACUUUCGCAUCCAAACAGCCGGUACUUCGACCGUGUCUCAUGACGGCAGAAGCCACAGUCCACUGAAACUUUGUACAUUCACCCAUUGUGUCCCAGUCCCAGGAAACAGACUAUAACCAGCACCAGCUGUUGAAUCAUUUUUGUCACAUUUGCAAGUGUUCUGGGGGAAGAGUUGACUAUAGCUAAACUAAAUCAGAAAGUGAAAGUUGCUAAGGACUAACCUUUCUUUAACGUAAAUAUGUAAAUAUUUUAUAUCAUAUUAUAUAAUAUUUUAGAAUGCAACAUUCUACCAAGUUAAUCUGACCACUUUAAUUUAAUAUGUUUUUGUUGUUGGAACAGAUACUGAUGCUGCUGUACUUUUUUUUCUAUUCAAACAUGUCACAUGUUUCACAACAUUAAAGAUUUUUAAAAAAUAAUGUA